CUAUGCUUCCAAAGUUAUUGUGGAGAGAGAGAGAGCUCUACUGCUACGCUUGGUGUUGGUGGUUGCUUCUUGCAGAAGGUUCUGUGUGUUUGUUUAUUGAAAAAGAAGGAAAGAAAAAUUAAAAGCAGUAGAAAAAAUCGGUGAAGAAGAAGAAGAAGGAUAAGAUUGCGUAGAUUACAAUAAUAACGAGCACAGAUAAAAGGGGUUUCGUGAAACCUUGUGCUGAGAGAUAAAAAAACCAAGAAGAUUCUUAUCUUCACGUAAUCGCUUUUUGUUGAUUAUCUUGGUGCCUCAGUCCAAGUUUUUAUCAUUAACCCCUUUGCUUGAAGUUCUGAUUUGAUUCGAUUGGGCGUUUCGUGGUUUUGGGUGGUUUUGUUUGUGGGGUGUUCAUUUUUGGGAAGAAUCGGGACUUGGUGGAAAGGAAAUUGGGGAUUUUACUGGGAAAAAAUUGGUGGGUCUGGUGGGAUUUGGGCUAAUUUGUGGAACUUAAAGGUGGGUCGGUGAUAAUUUGGGGGUUUUGGGCAUAAUCGUUGGUGGGUUUGUGAAGGAAAUGGUAUUUUUUUGGGCGAUUGUUGUCCUUGGUUGGUGUUGAUUAGGGAUUUGGGAAGGAUUGGAGAUUAAAGUUUAGGUUUUUUGUGGGAUAAUCUUUGGCGGAUAGCUUGUAUUGGUGGCACCAAUGCUGGGUCGAUGACAGUUAGUGUCAUUAUCUGUUAAAAUCUUUCGUGGUUUUGUUGAGAAUUAGGUUGCUUUUACAGAGUUUGGUGGUGGGCUGGGAAUAAAUCCGGGGUCUUUCGAGGCUUAAGGUCUAAUAAUUGAGAAUUCUGCAUCUGGGUGAGGAUUGUCUGUUAGAGGAGUCGAAUUGAAUUGCUUCUUGUUGUUUCAGCUUUAGCUGAGAGCUUGUUUUGACUAGUUUUGCAGUUUGGGGUUGAGAAUUCCAUUGUUUGAACAAGGUGGUAUUGGGGCUCUAAUUGUGUUUGUUAGGAAUUUGUGGUGGAGAACUCUUGUUCUGACGAUAAGAUGAGUUCAUCUAUCACCGAAGAUUCAGUUCAUGGAGGCAAGCUUCUGGUUCAAAUUGCUGAGAAUGGACAUUCAUUUGAGCUCGACUGCGAUGAAACCACGCCAGUUGAGGCGGUUAUGAGGUUCAUUGAAUCCGAGUCGAUGAUUAGUUUCAAUGACCAGCUUGUUCUCUGUUUGGAUAUGAAACUUGACCCGCAGCGGCCGCUUUCGGCAUAUAGGCUUCCUUCAGAUGACCGGGAAGUGUUCAUCUUCAAUAAGGCAAGACUGCAAACCAAUUCGCCGCGGCCUCCUCCGGAACAGGUUGAUGUACUGGAUAUUGCAGACCCUCCAUCACCGUCCUCGACACAUAAUCAUCAUCCGUUGGAUAAUGCUUCUGACCCUGCUUUGAAGGCUUUGCCUUCAUAUGAGCGGCAAUUCAGGUACCAUUACCACCGGGGGCAUGCAAUUUAUAGUCGUAGCCAGGUGAAAUAUGAUAACUGUUUGAGGCUUUUGCGGGAGCUAGAGGUUCAAGAGAGGGCAUUGGAGGUUGCUACGGGUAAUUUGGAUCAAUACUAUAAGAUGAUUAACCAAAAUUAUGCGGACUUCAUGAAACGUUAUUCACAACAGCGCCGGGUUCAUUCUGAUCUCCUAUUGAAUUUUGGGAGGGAUAUUGAGAAAUUGAGAUCCAUCAAGCUUCCCCCUGGUGUACAGACAGCUACUCGCAAGUGCCUACUGGAUUUUGUGAAGGAAGAGAACUUGCAGAAGUCAGCUGAUACUUGUAGCGGUUCCCACAGGCAGUUUGAGAAUAAGGUUUCACAAUUUAAGCAAAUGUUUGGUGAGGUGAAACGCAAGGUUGAAGAUUUGUUUGCUAGUAGGACCUUUUCUCCUACUAGGAACUUGGAGGUGAUGAUUAAGAAGGACCAGCAAUUCAUCAACGAACAAAAGAGUAUACUGCAAUCUUUGAGCAAAGAUGUCAAUACGGUGAAGAAACUUGUGGAUGACUGUCUGUCCAGCCAAUUAUCUUCAUCACUUCGUCCUCAUGAUGCAGUUUCAGCCUUGGGUCCUAUGUAUGAUGUCCAUGACAAGAAUAACCUACCAAAGAUGCAAGCUUGUGAUCAUGCAAUUUCUAAGCUGUUGGACUUUUGCAGGGAUAAGAAGAAUGAAAUGAACAGCUUUGUGCAUAAUUACAUGCAAAAGAUAGCUUAUGUUACUUAUGUCAUCAAAGAUGCAAAGCUACAGUUUCCUGUUUUUAGAGAGGCAAUGGUGCGUCAGGAUGAUCUGUUUAUGGACUUGAAGUUAGUCCAUGGGAUUGGCCCGGCAUACAGAGGCUGCCUCGCAGAAGUUGUGAGAAGAAAGGCUUCAAUGAAGCUUUACAUGGGCAUGGCUGGACAGUUGGCUGAAAGGCUUGCUACAAAGAGGGAGGAUGAGGUGAGGAGGCGGGAGGAGUUUUUGAAGGCUUAUGGUUCUUACAUACCUAGGGAUGUAUUAGCAUCCAUGGGAUUAUAUGAUACCCCUAGUCAGUGUGAUGUCAAUAUAGCUCCUUUUGACACUGGUUUGCUUGAUAUUGACAUUUCAGACCUGGAUCGAUAUGCUCCUCAGUAUUUGGCAGGACUGCCUUUCAGGGGUGAGAAGCAUGGAAGCUUAAAAGGUUCAUUUUCUUUGUCUAAUGACAGUUCUCAUUCGGCUGAGGUUGAAGAGAUUUCUGUGGACACGCUUGAGAAAUAUGUCUCUGAGGAGCUUUUUGAAGGCUGUGAGUUGGUGGAGAUUGCUGGGACUAGCAAAAUGGAAGUUGAGAAUGCAAAACUGAAAGCUGAACUUGCUUCUGCAAUUGCCUUGAUUUGUUCUCUCAGUCAUGAAGUUGAAUAUGAAUCUUUGGAUGAUAAUAAGCUGGAUGGUAUAUUGAAGAAUGCUGCAGAGAAGACAGCUGAAGCCUUGCAUCUGAAAGAUGAAUAUGAGAAACAGCUACAAUCUAUGCUCAGGAUGAAGCAGAUGCAGUGCGUGUCGUAUGAGAAACGCAUUCAAGAAUUGGAGCAGAGAUUGUCUGAUCAAUAUAUGCAAGGGCAGAAUCUCUCAAGUAACAAAGAUACAACUGACUUUGCCCUUUUGGCUGAGAAGGGUGAGGACGGCAAGCCAGAAAUCUUAGGUAGUGAAGCCCACACACCUUGCACAUCUACAUAUGUAUCUACAUCCGAGCCCAUGGAUGAGGUUUCUUGUAUCUCAAAUUCUUUGGACGCAAAACUGGGGCUUUUCACUGGGCAACCAGUCAGAGCUCGAGAAGGGGUGGAUGAGAAUAUGAUGGAUUCCUCCGGAAUACAAAAUCAUCAGCUUGAUUCCUCAAUGUUGGAGCCACAUCGCGGAGAAUUGCUAGUCAGUGACAGAGAAGGGAAAGAUAAGAUGGUAGGACAGUUGGGCAUGUCCUUUACAAACAGUUCCACUGCUGAGAGCAUGCCUGAGCAUCUGAAUAUUUUGCCUUCAGACCCACCAGCUGAGCGGGGUUUGGAUUCCAAAGUUAGGAGUGAUCUUUUGAUGGAAUUACAAAGUGCACUUGCAGACAAGUCAGACCAGUUGACUGAAACAAAUGCCAAGCUUAAAGCUAGCAUGGAGGAGGUUGCAUUGCUUAGGAGGGAGUUGGAAGCAAGUCGGAAGCUCAUUGAUGAAUCUCAGAUGAAUUGUGCACACUUGGAGAAUUGUUUGCAUGAAGCAAGAGAGGAAGCCCAGACCCAUCUUUGUGCAGCUGAUCGGAGGGCCUCAGAGUAUAGUGCACUACGUGCAUCUGCCCUGAAAAUGCGUGGCCUUUUUGAAAGACUUCGAAAUUGUAUUCAUGCACCCGGUGGAGUAGCCCCUUUUGCAGAUUCCUUGCAUACUUUAGCUCAAUCUUUGGCGAAUUCCCUCAAUGACAAUGAAGACGAUGAUACUGCCGAUUUUCGAAAAUGCAUCCGGGUCCUUGCAGAUAAAGUUAGUUUCUUGUCCAGGCACCGUGAAGAGCUACUUGGCAAGCACCUAAAGGCUGAAGCUACAAAUGAACAGCUUAGGAAGGAUUUAGAAGAGAAGAAAGAGCUGGUUAAAACUUUAUACACUAAACAUCAACUUGAGAAGCAGGCAAACAAAGAAAAAAUAUCUUUUGGCCGCUUGGAAGUUCAUGAGAUUGCUGCAUUUGUUCUUUCCUCAGCUGGGCAUUAUGAGGCGAUCACUCGGAACUGCUCAAACUACUACUUGUCUGCUGAAUCUGUGGCCUUGUUUGCUGACCAUCUUCCAAGCCGACCUAACUACAUUGUUGGGCAGAUUGUGCAUAUUGAACGCCAGACCGUAAAGUCAUCGCCUCCUACUUCAACUAGACCUGAGCACGGUAGAGCGGAUCAAACGGAUCAUCUGACCUCUGACAUGGGGACCGAUCGGUUGAUCCUGAAUUCAGGGUCAGCCUUGAACCCUUUCGGUCUCCCAAUAGGCUGUGAAUAUUUCGUAGUGACAGUAGCUAUGUUACCUGAUACCACCAUUCAUUCACAACCCCCUUCCUGAUCCCUGCUUCAGGCAGAUAGACGUGAGGGAAGAAGAGUCCAAGUGUACAUAUUUGAUAUAACAUUCAAAAGUUAAACCCACUUGGGAGUUGAACUUGAUUCUCUGUGUAUAGCUGAUGAUCCAAUUAACGUUGCUGUCCCCUUUGUAUAUAUAGCUACUUCUUUUCUAUAAAUAUAUAUAUAAAAAUAAUGUGAAUAUUAUCAAGCUCUUGA